CCGGUGCCUUUCGUGCACUCAUCACCCCUCUGCAGGCGUCCUCGCCUCGCUUUCCCCCCGGCUUUCUUCCAUGUCUCUUUAUAUAACGGACACGGGGAGUGGAGACGACACUGGCUACUCAUUAAUUUAGAGAGCCCGAGUAACAGCCAAAGGUCCACUCCUCACCUGUCCCUCCUGUUCGAUCGGAACCCUAGGAUCCGGAUCUAUGGGCACCGAUCCGCCGGAGAAUCCGGAGGCGCAACGCCCCUCGCCGGCGCCGACGGCCGCGAAGCCCGACGGGGACGCGGCUUCCGAGACGUCGUCGGCGCAGUCCAGCGAGCCCUCCGACCGGAAGGACGCCGAAUCUCUGGUCCUGUCGACGAGGAGUGAGGAGUACAGGUUUCUGUUUCGUCUUUCGCCCGAUGAUGUUCUUCUUCAAGAUUUUAAUUGCGCAAUCCAUGAAAAUAUUCUUCUUCAGGGGCAUAUGUAUUUGUUUACCCACCACAUCUGCUUUUAUUCCAACAUUUUUGGAUUUGAGACAAAGAAAAUAAUUCCUUUCCAUGAGGUAACUUGUGUUCGUAAAGCAAAGACAGUUGCAAUCUUUCAUAAUGCCAUUGAGAUUCUUGCUGGAGUGAAAAGGUACUUUUUUGGAUCUUUCUUGACUCGGGAUGAAGCAUACCGGCUUAUUGUUGAUGUCUGGGUGCAACAUGGUGGUGACGUAAGAGCCCAGGAUACAAAAUUGGAGGCAAGCAGUCAAGACGAUGCCAUUAUUAUAUUUGACAAAGUGAAGGGAGGUAAAGCAUUGCUAGAUGAUUCAUCGUCUUCGAACAGAAGUAAGGAUGCCAAAUUGUCAGAAGAAUUUAAAUCUAUCGCUAAUGGUAAAGUUGACAGCGACAUUUCCAUAAGGCUUUUGGAAAUUCAGGAGAAUGGAGGUGAAGAAAAUGUUAACAAGUCAUUAUCUCAAAAUCCUUUUUCAUGGACCAUCGAGGACAUUGAUGCUCCUAAAGUACCUGAACAUUUUGCAAUUGUUGCUGAGUCAAAGUUUCCGCUCCUUGUGGAGGAUUUCUUCAACCUAUUUGUCUCUGAUCGUGCUGCUGACUUUUUGAAGGAUUUCCAUACAAGAUGUGGUGACAAGGAUUUUCAGUGCACUUCUUGGCAUAGGCACGAACAAUUUGGGUAUACCCGCAAUGUUUCAUUUCUGCAUCCUGUCAAAGUAUAUCUUGGUGCUAAAUUUGGGAACUGUCAGGAGGUCCAGAAAUUUCACGUGUACAGAAACAGCCAUUUGGUAAUCGAAACAUCGCAACAAAUUGAUAAUGUUCCAUAUGGGGAUUACUUCCAAGUUGAGGGGAUCUGGGAUGUGGAACAAGCUAGCAAGGGAGAAAAUAGCUGCACUGUGAAAGUAUAUUCUAAUGUGGCAUUUUCAAAGAAGACCAUGUUUAAGGGGAAAAUUGAGCAAUCAACUAGGGAGGAGUGUAAAGAAGUUUACGCUACUUGGAUAAGCAUCGCUCAUGAAACGUUAAAGGAAAAGAAUAUUGGACAAUUGAAAGCAGGACUAGCAGAGCAGGAUGCAACAAUGGUUCAUGAGAACAACAGUGAAUUAGGAAGUCCCCCAAAGCUUGAAGGGUCAACACAAAAUUCAACAUUAAAUUCUACAUAUCUUUCAAGGAACAUCCAUGAUAUAACAAACUGUAAUUCAGGGAUUGACAAUCACAUGAAAGAGAAGUCUCAACUAUUUUCACCUCUGAUGAGUAUAUUUAGAGAACCAUGGGCAACCUUCUGUUCACAUAUGAAGGCACAAAGUCUGCUAGCUAUGAUUUUAGCUGUGGCAUUUAUUAUCUUUAUCCUAAUGCAGUUAAGCAUCAUUCUUCUUCUAGCUAGAGUUCCUGAGGUGCAUCUGGUAACUCGUGGAAAUUAUAAUAUGGAGAACGUAGAGUGGUUAGAGAAGCGCUUUAACUACCUCAAGGAAGAAAUGCUUAUGGUGGAAUCUCGACUGGAGCGGAUGCGUCAUGAAUAUGCCUUGUUGAAGUCUUAUCUGCAGAGUCUUGAACAGCUGAGGGCCAAAUCAUGAAUACAAAUUAGGGAUAUGGAGCGGCACCUCAAAUUAACCUCUUAACUUGUAAGUUUUCAUCAUUCUAGGCAUUACUGAGCAUGAAUUUGCUAGGUUGAGUGCCUGCCCAAACUUGAGUUUUUCACGACUUAGAUGCUCUUCUUCAACGUAAUCAUUAUUUUCAUUUCGUUGGGCUGUUUUAUGCCAUAAAGAACAAUGUAGAGCAAAUUUAGUGUUGUUUAGAGCAGUUCCCAGUUUUCACUUGCAUUCAUUUGCGUUCAGGAAAAAGGUCAUGUGCUUCUUUCCGUGAACCCCUGUUGUGGCAGAACCAUGCGCCUUAUGAUGCCCUUGUUUUUAUUACAAUCCCUUUCUGCAGCAAUUUUCUUAUUCGUUCAGGUGUCUUAUUUUGUUGGUUUAUUUCUGACAUUUGCCCACAUGUUCUGGCCCCAGGUUCAUCUGGUAGCAUUAGGUGACAUCGGAUUCUAAUUUCCUGUUUUUCCGGGUAUAAAAAUAACUACAGGUAUCAAGUCCAAGGUUCUGUAAGACAUUUUACUUGUACCCUUGUAUAGUUGACUGGAAUAACAAGUUUGUUCGUCAAAACUCGAGGCACUUAAUUUUUUUCGUAGGCUCUCGAUGUUAACCCUAUCUAUUGCUAAUGAGGCUCCGUGACUUAUCUGCUUC